CUCUCCUCCCUUUCCUGGUCGCUCCUCUGCGCGCCUGCGCACGAGCGUCAGCUGAGGAGGCGCCGACGGCUUCCGGGUGGGGUUGGCAGUCAAGUUGGCCAGCCAAGCUGACAGGCCGGGGUGGUGGUGGCGGUUGCCAGUUUCCGAGAAGGUGGGAAGAGGAACCCUCUGGGCGCCAUGGCCUGCGCGCUCGUGCCUUUCUGCAGCUUCCAGGACCUGGAGUCGGCGCGGGACUUCCUGUGUCCGCAUCUCCGUCAGGGCGGCGCUGGUGGCGGCACGGGAGGCAGCAAGGAGAGUGGCGGUAAACCACCAAACUGGGAAGAAGAUGGUUGGGGGGCCUGGGAUGAAUCAGAAACACAAGAACCUGAUGAGGAAGAAGAAUCAGCUUCCAAGACACAGGCAAGUUCCUGGCUUCAAGACUGUGUUUUAUCUUUGUCGCCCACAAAUGAUCUCAUGGUAAUAGCUCGUGAGCAGAAAGCUGUGUUUUUUGUUCCAAAAUGGAAACACAGUGAAAAGGGGAAAGAAGAAAUGCAAUAUGCUGUUGGCUGGAGUGGUUCUUUGAAUGUUGAAGAAGGUGAAUGUGUAAGCAGUGUAUUGUGCAUUCCACUGGCAAGUCAAAAGAGAAGCUCCACAGGUCGACCUGACUGGACCUGCAUCGUUGUAGGCUUCACCUCUGGCUACGUUCGCUUCUACACAGAGAAUGGAGUAUUGCUUUUGGCACAGCUUUUAAAUGAAGAUCCUGUUCUGCAGCUUAAAUGCAGAACUUAUGAGAUUCCACGCCAUCCUGGAGUUACAGAACAGAAUGAGGAGCUGAGCAUCCUAUACCCUGCAGCAAUUGUGACAAUUGAUGGUUUCAGCCUAUUCCAGUCCCUCCGUGCUUGUCGAAAUCAAGUAGCAAGAGCGGCUGCUUCAGGCAAUGAGAAUGUUCAGCCACCCCCGUUAGCCUAUAAGAAAUGGGGCCUACAGGAUGUGGACACUAUAGUUGAUCAUGUUAGUGUUGGAAUCAUGACUCUGUCACCAUUUGAUCAAAUGAAGACUGCUUCCAAUAUUGGUGGGUUUAAUGCAGCCAUAAAGAAUAACCCUCCUGCUAUGUCUCAGUACAUAACUGUAGGAUCAAAUCCUUUCACUGGUUUCUUCUAUGCACUUGAGGGUAGCUCACAGCCAUUAUUGUCUCAUGUUGCUUUAGCAGUUGCAAGUAAGCUGACAUCAGCAUUUUUUCAUGCUGCCAGUGGUUGGCUUGGCUGGAAGAACAAACAGGAAGAAGAGCCUGUGCAGAAGCAGAAACCUAAAGUAGAGCCUGCAACUCCUUUAGCUGUAAGGUUUGGAAUUCCUGAUUCUCGGCGCCAUGGAGAAAGGAUAUGCCUUUCUCCUUGUAACUCUUUGGCAGCAGUAACUGAUGAUUUUGGAAGGGUUCUUUUGUUGGAUGUUACAAGAGGAAUUUCUGUUCGUAUGUGGAAAGGCUAUCGUGAUGCUCAAGUUGGUUGGAUUCAGAUUGUGGAAGAUCUACAUGAAAGGGAAGCGGAAAAAACAGAUUUUUCUCCUUUUGGCACUUCUCAGGGACCAAGCAGAGUGGCUCAGUUCCUGGUGAUUUAUGCUCCCAGAAGAGGAAUUUUGGAAGUAUGGAGCACACAACAAGGUCCAAGGGUUGGAGCCUUCAAUGUAGGAAAACACUGCAGGUUGCUGUAUCCCGGUUAUAAAAUAAUGGGCCUAAACAACAUGAUGAGCCAGAGUUGGCAUCCCCAAACCUACCAAAUAUGUCUUGUGGAUCCAGUCUCAGGAAUAGUAAAAACAGUUCAUGUACCUUUCCACUUAGCAUUGAGUGAUAAGAAGAGUGAACGAGCAAAGGAUAUGCAUUUAGUGAAGAAGCUGGCUGCCUUGCUGAAAACUAAAAUGUUAAAGCUGGAUGUGGUUGAAGGUGAAGUGAAGGAGCUAAUUCUUGAUAUUAAAUAUCCAGCUACUAAAAAACAGGCUUUGGAAAGCAUCCUGGCAAAUGAGCAACUGCCACUGUCUUCCCUGACAAACAUCACACAAACGUUGAUGGAUACUUUAAAAAAUCAGGUUCUGUCCACAUCCAAGCAUGUGGCAGAAAAACCCUCAGAGACCCUUAAAUAG